AUGCGAGUGCUAAUAGCGAUGGUGGUGCUCGUGUGUGCACUCGAUGCACAAAAAAUACCGAAUUUUUCGGUGACCGACGCCGAGCUGCUGGAAAUGUCGCGGAGAUUGCGAAAAGCGGACGCGAAUCGAGCGAACAAGAAUCAGAUCAAACUCAAUUAUCAGGGUCAUACGACGACUCGCGACGACGCCGACAAUGCUCCGCAACGAUUUUUCACUUCCGUCGAUUCGUCGCUUCUUCGCAAACCUUCGUACGAAAUGUAUAUUGCGAUGAUGGAUAAUUUCAAUCGGCAAACCGGCGUCAUCGAGCCGAAAGUUAGUGCAAAAGAAGAAAAAGACGAAGUCGGCCGAUUUUUGACCUACGUUGUCGAAACUGGACCGAUGAAGGAGCUGUAUAAUUGGUUCAAAGCGAAAGGUCAUCCAAUUGCGACGAGUCCGACCGUAUUCCGCUAUUGGAUCGGUCAAUUAUGGUUUUCGCAUUAUUCGCGAGCACUCGGCAAACCGGACACGUCGGGAUUCGAGCACGUCUUCAUCGGCGAAGUCAAAAACGGCGAAAUUUCGGGAAUGCACAAUUGGCUGCGAUUCUAUAUGAUGGAAAGAGAUGCGUCGGCGAAAUGGGACUAUAAAGGAUUCGUUGUGAAGCGAUUCAAUGUGAUGGCGGCGGUGAAAUUCUCAUGGGAGAACGAGUUGAAGAGGUCGGGCUCGAUUCUCAUCGGAACAUCGCCCGAAUUCGACAUGGCCCUCUACACGAUGUGCUUCCUUUCGAGAAGAGGACGAGAAACGUGCGAUGUUGAGCUGGACGGUUGUCCGCUGCAGAUCACGAGUUACGAGUUGUACCAGCAGAACAAGGUUUACAUCGGCAGCAUUUUUCCGUCAGCCGGCCGAAUAACCGACCAAUGUCGUCGACAAAACAGUUAA